AUGGCGGCGAUUGAGGACUAUUUUUCAAUACAAAUCUUUUUCAUAAUUCUAAGGGAAACCUUGGAAUCCGCAAUCAUCAUUUCAGUAUUACUUUCAUUUAUAAACCAGCGAUCACACAAGUCCGAUGCAUCUUCAACGACAACUAACUCAGCAGCGAGCAAUGCUAGCAGUCAUCUACAACGAGUCCAAAGGAAAUUAAAGAUUCAAGUAUGGGUGGGUGCAGUAUUAGGGCUUUUCAUUUGUUUCUUGAUCGGACUUGUGUUUAUAUUGGCAUUUUAUUUCAUUGGCAAAGAUUAUUGGUCAUACACCGAGCGAGUUUGGGAGGGCGUAUUCUCCAUCUUGUCAAGCGUUAUCAUCACCGUCAUGGGUAUUGGGUUGUUGCGUAUAAACAAAGUUAUGAAGUUGAAGUGGUGGAUCAAAUUGGGCGAUGCCUACAACAACGAAGAUGAUGAAGCAGGCGAAGAAGAGAUUGCCAAGUUUGGCGAUGAUGGCGGCAAUGGUGAUAUUGUCCCUGAUGAGUUUGAGGAUGGUGGCAAUAGAGUCAACAGCUAUGGAGGAACGAGAUCAAGUUUGGAGUCGGAAAGUGCACCUUUGACAACACCGGAUCAAGUACCCGUUGCCCGCAAAAAAUCACCCACCAGAACACAUAGACAAAAGUUUGGUAAGAAAUACUUUUUGGCCAUCUUGCCACUAGUAACAACGUUGAGAGAAGGUUUGGAAGCUGUGGUUUUCGUUGGAGGGAUUGGUGUAAGCUCGCCACCUUCUGCAUUCCCUUUAUCUAUCGCAUGCGGACUUGCACUUGGUGCUUUCGUUGGGUAUCUUUUGUACAAAGGAGGCAACAAGUUGUCACUACAGUACUUUUUAAUCACAUCCACGUGCUUUCUUUACAUUGUCAGUGCAGGGUUGAUGAGUCGUGGUGUAUGGUUUCUUGAAUUGGAAUCGUUUGUCCGUAAAUGCGGCGGAUUAGACGUGAGUGAGACAGGCAGCGGGCCUGGCUCGUAUGAUAUUGCCAAAAGUGUCUGGCAUGUCAACUGUUGCAAUGGACUCACUGAUGGUGGAUGGAUGGUGCUCAAUGCCAUAUUUGGAUGGACAAACUCUGCAACGUACGGUAGUGUGUUUACAUACAUGGCAUAUUGGAUAUUUGUCAUUGUCUGGUUGAACCUCAAGUUAUACGAAGAAAGAGAAGGUGUGUUGCCCAUUAUCCCCAUCAAAUGGCAAUUGAAACGAAUUAGAAAAAAAAUUAGAUUAUACGAGCUAAGAAAUAGUCAGAGCUUACACACAAUAUCACAACAAGAGGCUGGGGUAGUUCAGGCCGAACAACAUGGCUUAUUGGAAUAG